GUUUUUUCCAUCGCAACGAGCGGUUCUUGGCGCUAGACCUUUUACGCUUUUUACGUUGUGAUUUGUUGCUCUGGCAUUACGCGGCAUGUAAACAACGCGCAAAACGACAAAGGUCAGCUGUCGGUAAAACAUACCUCCUUUUGGUCCUCGAUGUGCGGCAGUUAAAUUUAAUUGAGGCGCCAAAUUUAGUACGCGCCAAAUUAAAACAUUACAAAAGCGCCAAUACAAGUGCAAAAUUAAAUAACACACACAAGCGCCAGUGUAUGUUGGUGUGUGUGUAUUUUUGGCGUGCGCGGCCAUUUUUUUCCUAAGCACUGAAGAAAAAAAUUGGUGUACAUGUGUGUGUGUAUUUUAAGUGUACUCGAAAGAGGAGAAACCGCAAAAGCCCCCAAUAAACGUAACCAAAUCACAUCAAAAAAAUAUCAUUCAUUUGUUUACUCGCUGAAUGAAAUGUUUGUUUAAAUGUAAACAAACGCCAACAGUUAUAGAACCACCGCCCACCCACUCUCCUCGUAUCCUUACGCAUGCUUCACCUUUUCAACUAAAGUGAAAACAGUAGUAGUAUCAGGACCAUUCCCCCCUUUUCUAUCAAUAGGUCACCGAACACGUGCUUUUACGCUUUACGACCAAAAUAACAACAAAAUUGUGCAACAAAUAAUAAUAAAAAAGAAGGAAAUUGAAAAGAUCACAACAAGCGCUUAAUUUCCAAUUGGAGAGCACAAAAACGGCAACAAAAAACGUUGUGUAAGCCAAGUCUCGAUUGUCAGUUGAAGCGUAAACGUUGCUAAGCCAAGUGACGCUGCCGCUGCUGCUAAAAAAAAUAUAAUAAUUGUUAAAGGAAGGCUGCAAGCUGGACGCACGCACUAUUGCUUACCGUCCGCUGAAUUUGGGCGGCCAGUCGCUGAUGGCCGAAUUGCCAAAUGGCGCUGCCAUUGGCGGUGGCGGCACUGGCGACUAUCUGCAUCGUUCCAUAGAUCAACUGCGCACGCUUAGCCAUCUGACGCAGGCGGAUUUGCGCAACGCCACAUUGGUGCACGACUAUAAGCCUUUCAACAUAAGCGAGUUUAGACAAAACGUUGAGCGUUUGGACUACUCGCUAAAGAAUGGGCUUGUGCAGCAGCAACAAAUACUCAUAGAGCAGCAGCAGCAGCAGCAGCAACAACAACAUGCACAUGAGAGUGAACAGCAGCAGCAGCAGGCACAACAGCAGCAACAACAACAACAGCAGCAGCAGCAGCAGCAGCUGCAUCAUCAAACACAGCUCAAGCCAAGCUACAGUGCGCCCAGUUCGCCGCCCACGCCCACACAGCACAACGAGCAGCAGGAGCAAAAGUACGAUCCAAGUCGCUCGCCGACGCGUCAACGUGGCAGCAACAGCAGCAACGAUUCCACGCCAGAGGAUCAGCGCCAGGGCGGCGAGCACACCAAACCGUACAAAUGCAAUUCUUGCAGCAAAUCCUUUGCCAACUCCUCCUAUCUGGCGCAGCAUACGCGCAUACAUCUGGGCAUCAAACCAUAUCGCUGUGAAAUCUGUCAGCGCAAGUUUACGCAGCUGUCGCAUCUGCAGCAGCACAUACGCACGCAUACGGGUGAUAAACCGUACAAGUGUCGCCACGACGGCUGCCCCAAGGCCUUCUCGCAGCUGUCCAAUCUGCAGUCGCAUUCACGUUGCCAUCAGACCGACAAGCCUUUCAAGUGCAACUCGUGCUACAAGUGCUUUACCGAUGAGCUAACGUUGCUGGAGCACAUACCCAAGCACAAGGACUCGAAGCAUUUGAAGACGCACAUUUGCCAGCUGUGCGGCAAGUCCUAUACGCAGGAGACAUAUCUGCAAAAGCAUUUGCAAAAGCAUGCCGACAAAGCGGAGAAGCAGCAGCAACAGCAGCGUCAGCCAGCUGCCAACAACUUGCAGCAACAUGUGCCCGCCGGCGGCAUUGGUUUGAACUUGCAGCGUCAGGCUAUGAACGAUGCCAAUGCGGUUUAUUGGGCCAAGAUGGGUGCGGAUAGCGCCGCUGCAAGCUUGGCGGAGGCUAUACAACAACAGCUGCCGCCGCCGAAUGCUGGCAGCACGUAUGCCAACUUUGCCACGUUGCAACAUCAACAGCAGCAGCAACAAGAGCUGCUGCAGCAUCAUCAUCAGCGCAACGUGGAAACGCCUGGACAAUCACAUAGUCCGCAUGAGGAUGCUGGCGAGGAUUUGGUGUUGCGUCAAAACCAAAACACACAGCUGCACUUGCAACAUCAACAGCAGCAGCAGCAGCAACAACAACAGCAGGCAGCGCACACGCAUUCACCAGUACCUGGCACUUCAGCCUUUGCGCCACCGCCUUCGCCUCUGCAGCAGCAUCGUGCACCGCCUGCUGCUGCCACUGCCGCCUAUUUGUAUCAGCAGAAUGCUGCUGCUGCCGCCGCCGCCUUUCCCCCACAGCUCAUCUCAUUGCAUCAGAUACGCAACUUUGCACAUCAGCCAGGCGCCGGCCUCAUACCAAGCGAUCAUUUGGCUUUGGGUUUGAGCGCCGUGGCAGCCAAGGAGAAGGCCCAAUAGUAUAGGGCCACGGGUCACAAAAGACAGACCAAGCAGCAGCUACGAUGACAACAAUAGUCUUAAGCUUAAAACAUAAGUUAGGCUUAGUUUUAGUUAAGGAGGCUGCAUGUGGUUUCGCUUAGCUGCGCCACACAUUUCAAUUCUCUUCCAGCUCUGAUGCGGCAGCCUAGGCAAACGAAACUUGUUUGCCCUACGCUGCCACAUCGCCUGCUCUUUACUGCCCUGUAGAUUAGGUAAUCUCGGCCAGCUAACGAUACCACGCUCAGCCUCUGUUUGAACUCAGGUUUUGCACUUAGCCUCUAAGCUCCAAACUAAGCUUAUUGAUAUAUCAUGUAAGCAAUAUUAAAGCGACCUAAAGCUCUGCACAAUUUGAAUUUACAUUUUGAAAACAUUUUAAUUUGUGUACAGUUUUUAACGUUUAGUUUUAAAACAUAACAAUGUAUCAUAGGUGCCGUACAAAGUACUGCGAUAGAAUUGUUUACAAAAUCUAUUGUAAAUCUAUCAUACAAUAUUUUAAGAAAAUUUUCUAUUUAUGCAAAAACAACAACCAAUCAACCAACAAACA